AUGUCGAAGGAGGAGGAGGAAAAGGAGGCGAAAAAACAGCGAGAAGAUAUAGUCGAUCGUCUCGAGGACGUUCGGGAGGAGUUACGUCGCGUGCUCGUCGAGAACGCGCAACAAACGCACCCUCGAGCAAAAGUCAAAGCGAAAGGGACGGACGUUUUGGUGGUCGAUAAAGAAAGGUUUGAGAAGUUGGAGAGACAAUCGAAGGAGGAGGUGGCAAAGGCGAAGAGGAAGGUUUCGGAGAAGAUUGAGCGGUUAGAGAGAGAAGCGGAGGAGAUUAAGAGAGAAUGUUUCGAUGGCAUGGAGACGAGGAGGUGCGCGGUGACCACGUUCGCGUGCGAGGAGAGGGAUGAAAUUUUUCGAGAUCCAGUGGCGGUGACGAAUUUUGGUAUACCAAAGAGGAAGAGUGAUGAUGAUUGGGAGGUUAAUGGCGUGGGUAAAAUGCAGUUUUUAAGCGAGGUUGGUUUGAUGGCAUCGUCAGAAUCGGAUGUUUUGGAGAAGAGCGCUUUGAAUAAUGAGGGACUCGCGUCGACGAAAGACUCCGCCGGCGAAGACGAAGAGCGACAAAUCGAUCGACUUUUGUACGACGUACACUUCCAGCUUCAAUGCACCACGCCAGAGCGAAUGAAAAUGCAUCACGCGAUGUUGUUACGGUCGGCGAGAAUUAAAAAGAAAAAGUUUAACGCGUUAUUUGACGACGUCGUCUUCGAGAAGAGUCGCGUGGUGGAUCGCGCCAAAACGGCGUGGAAGAAAGCGAAGAGUAUAGCGCGAGGUGCGUUGAAAGAAACGCCGGCGACACAGUUCGAAGGCAUUCGCACGGACUCGUUUUACAAGAUAGAGAGUAGGUUUGAAUACGGCAACGCGUGGGAUAUCGUCGCGCGAUUGAACGCGUUGGCGAAUACGCGUCCGAUGCAUUGGUUGGAAGAGGAAGGAAAAAUUUUUGACGUGCGCGAAUCGGAAAUGUCGAGCAGAUUUCUCGACGAGAGUGAAGACGGAAACGAUGAUCUUGAUGACGAUGGAAACAUAAAGAUGAAUGACAUCAAUAACGACACCGAAAAAUCAAACAACAAUGCCGUGAGUAUGAAGAACGCUUUGAAAUCAAUGUUUGCGAGAAGCAGCGCGGAAAACGAGGACGAUUCGGACGGCGAAGAGGGAGACGAGGACGACGACGACGAAGGCAACGACGAUGCCGACGUGAGCGAUCCAUCCGAUGAUGAUGACGACGAAGACGGGAUUGACACGAAUAUAAACAUGUACGAAGAUGAAGCACCGUUUGAGAGAAACUUGCGCCUCCGCGCGAAAGUGGAACGAUUCGAACAGAAGAAGAACAAGAAGAUACGCGAGGCGAAAAAAAUCGCCUUUCAACGCCUUCUCGAUAUCCAAGACGAUACCGUGAAAAAUCGCGUGCGAUUGAACCAUCGAGUACUCGAGCUCGAACAAACAAAACACAAAGUCGAAGUCGAAGUGCUAUCGUUGGAAUAUCGUGCGGCGAGAGUGUUCGAACGGUUAAGCCGAAUUGAAAUUUUGGACGACGAGGACGAAACGAUGUCGCGACCGGACGAGACGCUCGAACGAUUACAGCGCGAGGCGCGCGAGGCCAAAACGGCGUUCGAGAACCACGGACCUGAGCUCGCGAACGCUAAGAUGCGAUUAGAAGCAACGUCAGACCAAUUAAAGAUGAACGAACGACAAUUUAGACGAGAGACGAGGGAUUCACCGGCGGCGGCUAUUCACGCCGAUACUUUGUUGGUGUUGUAUCGACAAGACGGUCCAGUUUUGCGCAAGAAGAAUACUUCUUCUUCCUCCGCUUCUUCUUCUUCGAAUAUUAACACUGGACAUAAUGCGACGUCUACCGAAGCUUCUUCUUUAGCAGCCGAACGAACGAAGCUCCGCCGCGAAUCCGUUUUCUCUCCGGCGUCGAUGAUGCAAACGCGAAGUAAAUCGAUAGUCGCGUUAACUUCAUCCGGAGGAGAUGUCUUGGCCGAGAAAGGAGCGACGACUGCAGCAACAGUGGCGACGGCGACACUCGCUACUCAUAACAGCAAACCAGCGACGUACUUUCCACUCUCACUGGACGAAACCUGGUUUGAAAAGCUAAACGCUCACCGCACGCAGAGACAAAAUUUGGAAAAAGUAAAGGCGCAACAGAAAGCGACGCGAGAGACGUGCGAGGUGACGCUCAAAGUUUUAGAGCAGACGCUCGACGAAGCGACGAAGAGAGUCACCGAAAGACAGACGUAUUUGAAGAAACAAUUCAACGAACGGUUCGAACGCGCGAACGAUUGCGACGUGACGAUGAAAUUACCGUGCGGAUUAGUCGAAACACUUUUCCUCGACGAGGACGAUAGCGGCGGUGACGAUGGUGAUAUUUUGUACCUUCCGCGAAACAUCGUCGAAGAGUUGAACACAGCUGCGAAUUCGCGUCGAGAAACGAUGAUAAAUUUGAGAAUUGCCAACAAGAAACUGUCUACGAGCAUCGAGUGCUCGAAAUGGUGCAUCGAAUAUGCGAAACGACGAAAUUCGGAACACAUCGAACGGGCGAGGGAGUUGGCGCUGUUGCGUUCGUCCAAGAGUUUACAGCUGUUUAUAAAAAGCGGGGGGUACAGCAAGAACAGUUUAGAAGAAAACAAUAACAAGAAGAAAAGGAACAGUACGAAUGAACACGGCGACGGUGACGACGAAGACGACAUCGACGAGAAAGAGAUUGGCGACGCGGCAAACGCCAAGGCGAGGUUUCGGCACAACGACGCCUUGCACGAGAAGGAGCAAGAAGAAGGCGAAAUUGAGAAAGACGAUUGCGAGUUUACUGAUUGA